AUGGCAGCUGCCGACCGGAGGACAUUCAUCUUAGUCUUGAUUUUAUUAUGUAUUUUGCCGGCGUUGACUCCCGUCGCAAAGUCAAAGCCGGUUCAUAAUUACGCCGACGCCUUGUCCAAAAGUAUAAUGUUUUUCGAAGGUCAGCGGUCCGGGAAGCUCCCGCUGACGCAGCGCCUCAGAUGGCGCAAGGAUUCCGCCCUUUCCGAUGGAUCUGACAAUGCCGUAGACUUGACCGGAGGGUACUACGACGCCGGCGACAACGUGAAGUUCAAUUUUCCGAUGGCCUUCACAGCGACGAUGUUGGCGUGGAGCGUGCAACAAUAUGGUCGAUUCAUGGGCAACGACUUGCCGCAUGCCGUCGAGGCCAUACGGUGGGCGACCGAUUAUUUCCUCAAGUCGACGGCGACGCAUGGCGUCGUUUACGCGCAAGUCGGCGAGCCGUACGGCGAUCACGCCUGUUGGCAGAGGCCGGAGGACAUGACCACCCCGAGGACGAGUUAUCAGGUAAAUACGACGGCGCCUGGGUCAGAAGUCGCCGCGGAAAUGGCGGCAGCGAUGGCCGCCGCCAGUUUGGUUUUCCGGUCGAUUGGAGAUCGGAAUUACUCCCGCCUGCUUUUGGGGAGGGCUGUUCAGGUAUUUGAAUUUGCAGACAAGUACAGAGGUUCUUACAAUAAUAGUAUCGGAAAUGCAGCCUGUCCUUUUUAUUGUGACUUCAGCGGUUAUCAGGAUGAACUGAUAUGGGCAGCAGCAUGGCUACAUAGAGCUACAAGACAAACGCUAUAUUGGAAUUACAUUGUCGAAAACCUUCGAAACCCCGAAUUCAAAUGGAGAAUGGAAGGCAACAACGACGAAUUUAAUUGGGAUGCAAAGAAUGCCGGCAUUAACAUUCUUCUUUCCAAGGUUCGCUUCUUCGUGUUGGCCAAUGGUUUGGAAAGCUCGACGCCGUUCAUCAACUAUGCCGACAACUUUGUCUGUAAUAUACUUCCCGAAUCUCCAACAAGAUAUCAACAUUUUUCUUCAGGUGGACUUAUUGUAAAUUCGAAAAUUUGUAACAUGCAAUCUGUGACUUCUCGAUCGUUCCUACUUGUAACUUACGCCACAGCCUUGAAAAGAUGGAAUCGAACAAUUCAAUGCGAUGGCACGAUCAUCACUCCAUCGCGCAUCGUUAGAUUCGCAAAAACUCAGGUGGACUAUAUAUUAGGUGAUAAUCCGAUGAAUAUGUCCUACAUGGUUGGAUACAGCGAAAAAUAUCCGCAAAAAAUACACCAUAGAGGGGCGACAUUACCGUCCAUUGAUGUAUAUCCGCAAUUUAUUACAUGCCAUGGCGGUGCACCAUAUUUCUUGAGCCCUAAUCCCGACCAAAACUUGUUGAUCGGAGCCGUGGUGGGAGGUCCCGGAGAAGAUGACCAAUUUGAUUCUAAUCGUUUUGAUGCCGGGAAAACAGAGCCGACGACUUAUGUCAAUGCACCACUUGUAGGGGCCUUAGCUUUUUUUAAAGCGCUUCAUCGACAAUAG